CGGCUGCCGCUGCUGGGGCAUUAAUCAGUUGCAAGACGAUCGAUUAACGGAAAACAAGAGCCAGGCCAUAUGCAACCAUAUGUGGCUGCCCCGCGCUGGUAGUCGCCGACCCAAUCUCCAAAAAAGUCUCAUCCUGCUCGCAACGGAUCGACUCGAAUCUUUUGAUAGAAUUCGUCUUUUUUUUCCAAUAAUUUGUGGAUCUUUUGCAUCUGAAUUCGCCAAGAGGAAAAAGUGAAAUACAUAUUUUUUUUUGGCGAAUUACCUAAUCAGUUGGCCAUUAACGUGAGUGCCGUGCCCCGCGAGUGGUGAGUGUUCUGCCGAGUGUCUGUCGAGUGUUCCGAGUGCGUGGUGAAUAUUUUAUAUAAUACGCGCCACAACCAGCGGCGGCGGAGGCAAGAGUCCGGGCCUUGCAUUGCUAUUCUGUUCGUCAGGGGAUACGGAUUUCAGAUACUGAUUCCGAUACCGAUACCAGUACCGAUUCCGAUUCUUACGCAAGAGAAUAAUGCCAUCGGAUGAGGCGCUAACCGGCAUCGGGGAGCUGAUCUUCUCGCUGCUGAUCGGCUACCUGGGGGCCCUGGAGUGUGCGUUUGUGGUGCGGCAUCUGUACCACUGCACCUUCCAGCAUCCCGCCUACACGGCCACAGAUGCGGCAGCGGACAAGGAGGAGCUGCCGCGCCUGCGCGAGCGUCUGGAGAAGGACAUAGCCGAGGCGGCAGAGCGGGAGGCGCGCUCCGGCACCAAGGCCAUGCAGGAUGGUAUCCUCUACGACAACAAGGGCCACCGCGUGGAUCCCGCGGGCGAGAAGAGAGAGGCGCUGGCCGCGGAACUGGAGCGCCAGAAGCGCAUUGAGGAGGAGACGCGACGACAGCUGGCGGAGGCCGAGGCCCGCCUGGCGGAGGAUCGGAGGAGGGCCAAGGAGGAGGACGAGAAGAUGAUCGAGCAGCAGAGAGAGGAGCGCAAGCAGCGCGAACAGAAUGAGAGAAAGCUGAUCGAGGCCGAGAAACAAAGAGAGGCAGAGCAGCGACAGCGCGAAGAGCAGGAACAAAAGCUGCGCGAAGAGCAGGAAAGAAAGCUUCAGGCGGCCGAAGAGCAACGAGAGCGCCUAGAGAACGAACGGAAGCUGAUCGAAGCCGAAAGAGAGCGCGAGGCCAACGAGAGAAGGAUCCAAGAAGCCGAAGAGCAGCAGGAACGCGAAGAGAACGAAAAAAGGCUGAUUGAAGCCGAGCAGAGGCGCCUGGAAGCCGAACGCCAGCGAGAGCUGGCCGAAGCUGAAACGCAAGAGAACGAGCGUCGUCUGUUCGAAGCUGAAGUGCGGCAAGAGCGUAACGAAGAGGAUCAGGAACUAAGGGAUGCGGAGAUCGUGGAACGCCUGUUGGCGGCAGAGCGGGCACGAAAGAUGAGCGCCACAGAGAGCGAGCUGGAGGAGGAGGCGCUGGAAGAGGAGUCGCGUCGCCUGCUCUCCGGCCGAGUGGAUCCGGAGAGCAAACAGAAGAUGAUCGAGGAGAAUGCGCGACUCUUCCUGGAGGCCGAGGAGGAGAUGGUGAUGCUGCAGCAGCGCCAGCUCCGGGCAGCCCACAGCCGGGAUGAGGACUCCGCAUACGCCGGAGCAGUGCCAGUGGUGGAGGAGCACUGCGUGAAGAAGAUACUGCCGCCCAGAUUCCGAGAGGCGGAACGGUACGAGGAGCCCAUGAUGGUGCAGAAAGUGAAGACGCAGUACGGACAGCAGUCGCAGGGCCUCGCGUUCCCGGGCGCAUCCGACGAGGGCUCCUCCGUGGAGCCCAAUUCCAGCCAGCAGUCGUCCUUCAGCACCCAGCCAUCGGAGGAUUUGCUCCGCACGGAGGAAGAGCGUCCAGAGCCCGAGGGCGAGGACCACACGCCAGAUGUCCAGUACACGGAGGACUAUCUGCGCUCCCUGGACGGCAUCAAGAGCCGUCCGCUGGUGCGCGAGGAUGGAUCCGGCAGGAGGCGGGCCUUCAAGAAGCGCCGCUCCAGCGGCAGCUCCAAUUCGUCGCGUGACUCCCGCGCCUCCCGAGACGAGGAGCUGAAGAUGUUCACCUCGCUGGAGGAGGAGGAGCUGCGCCACGGCGACCACGACGACUACAAUCCCAUCAAGUACACGAGCGAACCCACGCUGCGGGUCAAGUCGCACCACAGGCGGCACAAACGAAGUCCGGCAAAGGACAUGAUGCCACCGUCGGAGGCCGAGGCGGGUGUCGUCUCCCUGGAGAUGCUCGGCGAGGAGAGCACCAAUCCGUGGGGGGAAGGGAUGCCCGAGCACUACAAGGACACGGAGUUCUGGAAGCACGAGAAGACUCUCUCCAUCGACGAGGAAGAGAUCGAUAUGGAUCUGUCGAAGAACGAGACCAAAUCCUCAUCUUUCGAGGAUGCCACGGAGGCGGAGAAUGAGGAGGCGGCCACCUCCCUGCUGCAACAGCAACAAAAACGCUCCAAGGAGCAGCCGGACCACGAACAGGAUACCAAGGACAACUCCAAAGCGGCGGAGACCAGCGCCAGCAGCGACAACAAAUCCAAUCUGCAAACCUCCCCCGCAACGGAGGAGCAGUCCAAAGGCGGUGGGGGAUCACCCGGCCUCCGACGCAGCCCGCGUAUCGACGAAAUGGAUCUCUACGAAGAGCGCUGGUCGGCCAGUCGCCCGGAUCAGGAUCGGCCGCAUCCGCAGACACCCAGCAUCAAUGUCCAACAGCCGGACACGGCACCCUGGCGCGAUCAGUACGGACUAAUGAUGGAGGGCCUCAGCGACUUUUACGAUUUCCAGGCCUCCGUGAAUCCCUCGCGAUCGCGUUCCAGCUCCCGCAAUCCCUCGCCACAGCCCAAGAAUGUGGCCAAUCGCAUGGAUGUGGACUUGGAGAAGUCAUUGGAGGUGUACGACGACACCCAGAAUGGUGUGGCGUCGGGAGAAUUGAAUUGCGAGCUUGUGCUGCAGCUCCUGGAGACCACUAUGAACGGGAACGAGGCCCCAGAGACACCAUCAGGCGAGCAGCUGAUGGUGCAGAAUGUGGCAGAUGAUGCGGGCAAUGGAAGCCUCCCAGUGGCAAUGGUGUAUGCACCAGUACCAGCACCAGCCGAGGGACCUCCCACAGAGAACUCUCUCCAUGAGGAGAGAGCAUCCUCUGAUGCAAGGAGACAUUCACGCUCCCGCUCCCCACUCCCGACCAGCGAGAAUCUCGAGCGGAGCAUCAGCCAGCGAAGGCAGCGUCUGAUCAAGCACAACGACGAGAUCAUGGAACGAUUGUCCAACUCCAGCGGCAGCGACAAUAGCAGUGGUGGUCGCAACAGCCCCAUGGAAACGGAGGCCAAUGGAAAUGUAACGCCGCCCCUGCCCCAACCCGUAAUCGAAAUCAAAGACAUGGCCCUGGACGAGCCCAUAGAGGAGGAGGCGCAGCCGACGCUGGAGGAGAGGCGUCUGUUUGUGGAGACUCUCAGAGCGGAGCGCAAUUCGCGCUCCCGAUCACGAUCCCGUUCACGUUCGCCCCUGCCCACGGCGGAUAAUAUAGCCAAGAGCCUGGAGACACGUCGCCAGAAGCGCAUCCAGCACAAUGACGAGAUCUUCGAGAAGCUGCAUGAACAGGAACACUUUCCCGAAUCGACCCUACCCAUACCCUGUGUGUCCAUCGAGAUUGAAGCGCCUCCUGAGGAGCCCCAGGCCGAGGGAGAAGCCGUCGAGGAGGACACCCCCGAGAGCAUGGCCCGACUCUUCGAGCAGCUGCGUCUGAACCGCGUGCGUUCCCACUCCCGUUCACGCUCACGUUCCCGCUCCCCUCUGCCGAGUGCCACCAAUCUGGAGCACAGCUUGGAGAGGCGUCGGGAGAAGCUGAUUGCCCAGAAUGACAUGUUCUUCGAGCAGCUCCAGGAGCGGGCCAAGACCCCAGAACCAGAGCCCCGCGUGACAGUGGAAUAUGUCUAUGAGUUUGUCCAGGAGCCAGAUCAUCCUUCGGAUAGCAGGGACAUGCGUUCGCUUUCACCCUCACGUUCCCGUUCCAAGACACCGCCGGGGCAGGAGCAGGACUUCCAUCGGAUGCUCAAUCUGGAGGGAUCCGAUCAGCGGACACUCCGCAAGAACAGCGAGGAGGUGGAGAGUGUCCUGGCGACGAGCGCCAAGCAGCGGGCACUGGAUCUGGAGGCGCUGCAGCAGCUCCAGAAUGCCAGCGAGGAGAUUGAGCUGCGGGUCCUCAGUCCCACGGGAUCCGAACGCCAGAGAGUGGAGGAGAUGACCAGAGAGGCGCCAGAUGUGGAGCGAACCGUCUCGGAGGUGGCCAGGGAUCUCCAAGACGAGCUGGUGGCUAGUGGCUUCAAGCGAUCCACCUACGUGGGAGAGUCCCUGGAGGCUCCAAUGGCGGAUAGGGCGGCACAGCGAGAGCUGCAGGCAGCCAUCCUGGAAUCCCUCACGGAGAAUCGUCUGGGGGCCAAGCCCAAGACCUUUGCGGAGGAGCUGAAGGACACGCAGCGCAUGAAGGACGAGUCGCUGGCCAGCGGCUUCAAGCGCUCCACCUACGUGGGCGAAAUGUCGCAGGAUAUGUCCGCCACACAGCUGGACGACCUGCGCCAUCGCACGGCGGAAUUUCAGCGCUCCCGCAGCCAGAGCCGAUCCCCGUUGAGGGGCAAGGAGGUGGCCAUGUUGAGGGACAUUGACGAGGAGGCGGCCAAGCGGGAGCUGCAGGAUCAGCUGCUGGACAGGCUGGCGGCCUCCAGCGUGAAUUUUGAGAACUUUUCGCGGCACCUAAAUGCCGAUUUCCUGGACAGCGAACGGCGCGCCUCUGAUUCGGCGAUCCUCAAGCAGAGCGAUCCCUACGGCGAUCAUCUGGAUCCGGAGGAGUACCAUCACUUCCGGCGCUACUCGCUGGCCCAGGAGCAGCCCGUGGAGGAGUAUCCCAGCGAUGAGUAUGUGUACAUCUCUCAGAUUGAGGUGCGCACGAUGACGGGCACCAGAACGUGGCUGAAGGAAGACUAUUACCCGCUGGAACCGGAGGAAUAUGAGUCCUCGAAGGAGAAUGUCGUGGAUCAGGAUAGCUGGGCCCGAGCUGUACUCGCCGCAGAAGCAGAGGCAGCCGCCUUCGAUGCUACCAAUGCCAUCUACAGCUAUGACAUUGCCGACGAGGAUCAGCAGCAGGAUCUCGAGCAAGACCUGGAUGUGGAGCGGAGCAGCUCUAACGACAGCGACGACGAGCGCCAGACGGUGGUGGAGAUCGACGACGAGGACGAGUUCGAGUACGAGUUCGACGAAGGCAUCUCGGACAACAACGAGCGCACACAGCCCACGGACGAGUCCCAUCACGACACCUCCGAGUGCGAAGAGGCCGAACGGAACGCGGAUCGCUAUGCGAACCGUGGGGCCCAGGACUGGGAGGAGGUGGACGAUGUGGAGGACUUCCUAGACUAUGGCCUAGACGAUGGCGCUGUGGGCGGGGCUACGCCCUACUCCGACCCCGACUCCUUCAUCGAGCAGAUCUACAACGAUGCCAUCAAGAACCGAAAGCAGUCGGGCAUCCUGCGGGAGUACGAGACGAUGGUCCAGGAGCAGCUGCCCUCGGACCAGAGCGGACCGGAGUCCUCGGACAAGGAAAAGUCCGGUUCGGAGAGCGAGCGAUACGCCCUGUGGGCCAAGACACGGGAGCUGGAGAGGUCCCGACACACCGAUGUGGACAUUGCCCUGGGCCUGGGUCUGGUGGAGAGCGAGCGGAGAGACACGGAAAUGCGAUACUUGGGGGAUGCCCAAGUGGCCGCCAGACAGUCCACGCGACUGCGCACACGGUAUGGCUACAAUCCGCAGCUGCAGGCGGGCAUGGAGGUGGAGGAUGACAUCGAGGUGGAUCUGAACUACAAACCGAAGAGGGAGUACAAUUGGAGGAAGAAUUUCCGAUUGGAGGAUGAUGGAAACGAUGAUGGCAAUGGAGGAGAAAUGAGGGGGAGAACUGAAGAAGAACAGCAGGAAGAAAGGGAUCGUUUUGAGGAGGAGCAGGACCUGGAUCAGGAACUGGAGCAGGAGCUGGUGCAGGAACUGGAGCUGGAUGUAGAGGAUCACAAUCAGUAUGAGGAUCAGGAGCCAUACACCAAUGAUGAUCCCCUCCAGGAGGCGGAACAAACCAAUGGGGAGAUGGUGGACCUGCGUCGCCUGAGCCUUGGCGGCGAGAGCAUCACCCUCUUCAGUCGCAGUCCCAUGCGGGAGAUCCUCACCGAUGUACCUGAAGAGAGUAGCCUCCAAGCAGAGGGAGAAGCUGAAGUCCCCAACGAGGAAAUCCUACCCCACGAGGAACCUGCCCCCAGCGAGAAGCCCAAGAAGAAAAAGAGCAAGAAGAAGGUGCGCAAGGGCUCCAAAACGGAGGAGGAGCUGCGCGAUGACAACGACUCGGACACACAGAUGUACGGCAGCCGACGGCAGGAGGAGCAGCAGCAGGAAGCAGCAGCAGGAGCAGCAGAACCACCAACACCCAAGCGGAAGUCCCGCUCUCGACGCAGCUCCAAGAGCAGUCUCACCAACGAGGAGGGAGGAGGCGGAGGAGGCCUCUUCUCGCCCAGAAGCAGCCUGGCCUUUGUAGGCGAAUCGUUGGAGGGCAUUGCAGAGUUCGAGGCAAAGGAACACAGGGGAGACGAGGAGGAGCAGCCAAAAAAGAAGACCAAAAAGCGGAGGAAGGCCAAGGAGAGCAAAGAGGAGAUGGUGCCACCGCAAGCCCCAGAGAUCGAUCAGAUGGAGGAAGCCUUGGUUGCGGCGCUGGCGGAGAUUGCCCCCGUGUCGGUGUCCUCCAAUCUGACGCCCGAAUCCACGCAGCAGAAUCUGCUAUCCACCGUCAGUGCGGGUCAGAGUGUGUGCGUGACCCCGGCCUCGUCCAUCGAGGAAGCAUCCCCCUCCUCCUCCUCCUUGACCGCUGCAGCGCCGUCUGCCGCCGUGGUGCCCGCCCGCUCCGUUGUGGACACCUUUGACAUACUGAAAGAUGCCAACUUUUAUCCGCUUUUCUAGCCAUCGCCAUCGCCAUCGCCCUCGCUUUUGGUUUGAUGAAUCUUCUAGAGGCGCUGCUCUCUUGCGCCGUCACUCAUUUGAUUUCGUUUGUUUUUAUCUAUUUCUUAUAGACAUGUUCAUAGCCAAGAAUACGAGCCCACGUCCAAGCCAUAGAUCCAUAGAUCCUCCCAGCAUCCAGCAUCCAGCAUCCAGCAUCCGCAUCCUCUGACUGAAGGGUAAACGCCCGCCCGACCCAUGGGAUCGGAGAUCCCAUACUAUAUAUUGUAUGAGCUGUGUAUUAUACUAACGACCCUAAACCCCUCCCAAAAAAAAA